AGCCAAUUAGUCUUCUGUCUCGACUAAUACAUACAAAUGCUCUGUUGAAGAUGCUAUGUUGGAAGCCUGCUUGGGUAAAAAUCCAUCAUGACCAAGUAGGUAAAAUGGUGACUGACGCUGUACAGCAGCUUCCGUCUAUCGAGCUCACCUUCUACUGAGGCUUCGUGCUGCUCUCAAUCAAUGUCGUCGCGGUCGCAGCUUGUUUCGGUACGUGUGGCUGCCUGGUCCGCGAACUUCCAGUUUUUUUGUGGAACCACUGUCACCCUUGGCCACGACGUUCGGCAGAUCGAUGUUGCCCAAAUUACGGCUCGCAAGAAUCUAUACAUAAGUCAACGAACUAGAAAAGAAAGGAAGCGAAGCAGCUCUAACCUCAGUGUCCUUGUCUUUGCAGAUGCAGAGGCACUGCGCCGCUCGCUUUACCACUCAGGAAGCCGCAAGUCAGCGUGGCCAACUUCUGCGCAGCCGUUGCUCGAGGCGGGGACGAUAGUUGAUUUAUGCUUCACGGGAAUCCAUCUCUUCUGAAGGGAAAAGCACUGUUCUGAAAGGAAAAGCGCUUCUCUGAAAGUGAAUUCCGGAAGUACUUACAAAUCUAAUAUUUGUGCCCUAUACCUGUGUCUUCCCUAUACCUGUGUUAGGCGCGUCCGGUCUCGAGGCGUCCCUGUCUCUCCUCUCUUAAGGUCUCCUCCGCUCCUCUUAAGCGUCCUCUUGAUUGUAGUUUGGGAAAUGAAUCAACACAAGAGAAGGCUCUAAUUCUCUCUGCUGGAACCACUGACAGCUGGACUAGAACUGGCGGCCCGAUUACCAAUUGAUGAUGACAUUUUACUUGCUGGAACUGCACCUUCACUUGUUUUUCUUGCAUGGAGGCUCACUUCGAUUCAACACGAUGAACUUGGGACGGGAAGGGGAUCCACCGUUACGGUAUAAUUCUUUUAAUGGAUACUUACAAACAUGGGGAACAACUUAUGAUUAUCUAAUAUGGAUACACCGAAUCACUAGCUAUCGUCUUUACUCUUUAGGAGCACUUCUUUUACCAGCAACAGUAAAGAAAACAUAAUUGCUGAUGAGAAUCAUGCUUAUCUUUUGUAGUAUUCAAUCUCCUCCUGCACUUCAUCUGGAAAUCGCGAUUUCCAAGAGCCUUGAUAAAGAUAACACACAGGUCCUCACAAAAGCCGGAAGCGUCUUAGCCUCUGCAGUGGAAGCUUUGCGAAACAGCUCAAACAAUACUGAUGAGCGGCGACAAACAGCUACAAAAACAAAGAAACACACGAACACAUUUGAUAAUGUUGACUUGAUUGAACUUGAGGAUCCGUUGGCGAAGCUCGAAGGUCGGCGGUUUCGUACGAUCUUGUAUUGCGGCCUAGAGGCAGACGAUGUGGAUGAGAUUAUGCACCCUACUUGUCUAAAUAUUCUCAUCCACAUCGUCUGCCUCUAGGCCUCCUGGUGAUUCUUGAUCUUCGGAGGAGGUUAGAUGUUAUCAUUCACUUCGACUAGCACUAGUGCGAAAAAGAUGUCCUCUCAGCACUAAACCAAAUAAAUCCUGUUGCGUCACCUCCUGCAAAAGAAAAACAUCACAGCUCUGCUUCUAAGCUCAGAACAUUAGUCCGACAACUGUUUGGUUUGCUCGCAGCGCCUGGAGGGUGUUUUGUGCCCUUGUCUCCGCACUUCGAACUUCAACCAGUAGAAGCAAGGCUUUUGCACUCCCGUGGUGCUACUGUUCUUUUUUUAGGGCUCAUACUAAUUCAUACUCACAGAGGACUUCGGCCUCAUUUGCUUCUUGGAUGCUGAGACCACACUAUGAAGGUACAAAAUGAAUUCUUGUAAGCGCUAAUUUUUCAUCGAUGUUUCGGUGCUUUGCCACGUUCUGACUUGCUUGCAUUGUCCCUCGAUGCGUUAUGCUCAGCAAUUCGCAGCUUAGUGGUCGUCGAACAGUCUUCGCUAUCAGGCGCGGGUGAGGGGGAAGAGCAUGGUGGAAUUUUUUAUGGAAAUGAGAAUAUGAUCUAAGGUAGUGAUACUUGGGUGCCCUGGCUCCAUGUUUCCUGGUAAGAAGCUCUUUUUAUUGUACAAAUUCUGGAGGGACGAGAGAAAACAUAAUUACCCCAUUUUUCAUAGCAGAGAAGAAAACAAAGAGGGGAUGGAAAGCAGGAGAGAAGGAAGCGAAGGCCCUCCUCGUCAACGAAGUGGGCACGACGCAGUCCUAGGUGACUCGGGUCAUGAAGGUCAACUUCCUUCUACCUUACAGGAGAACAAUCGUCGUGCAACGACGAACAAGAAGAGGAACUAUGAGUCCUCUACCAGCCAACAUGAAGCUUUAUUAAGGCUCAACUUUCAAUGGUCAUUGGGGUUGGUCAGUGAGAUCGAAGAGGCGACCCCUUGACAGAACAGGGGAAAACGAAGAGAAAGGGGAGAGCUUUGACGGGGGUUUCUUCCGUUCAGAGUCAGUGGCCACUGAAUGCUGCGCUUUAACUUUACGUCGAGCAGCGGAUGCAUUGGGAGUCGAGCUGAGACGCAACUGCGAGGCGGUGACUCUCAAACUAUUCAACUUCUCGUCUUCAGCUACUAGCGGAAUCGAGGGUCGCCAAGUGCUUUACAUCGUUGACGAAGAAUAAUAAUUCGGAUUAUUAUUUUAUUUAUUUUGGACUAUGCGUUAAGCACUAUCGAGCAAAGCAAGAGCUUUAUUUUCUGUCUUAGUUUUGAUGAAAAAAACUCUUUGUCAACAAACAAGUUAAUACGCAAAUUACAUCAUAAUGGUGGAUCAUAAAGAACAAAUCAUAAAGGAAAACGGAGAAGAUAAUGACCAACUGUUGGCUUUUUGAAAAGAUCUGCUUAAUACUUUCUAAGAAUACGAAACAGAUCUAGUAUGUUGGUCCAGGCGAGACGAAUAUAGAACAAAGAACAAGAUCACGGAAUCCUCAAGAUCACGAAGAAUCCAAGACGGCA